UAAUGAUCGACACUCUCCAUGAUAAAAGUGAUAAGAAACACUCACCGAACAAAGGUGUCUGCGCUAUGCCAAGCGAUCAGGCUUCACACUGAGUACUAGAGCUACUAGAUCCCUGAUAGCUUCUCUAGCUGUAACUGCUCAGAACAAUUUUGGAUACAGAUCUGGAUCUGCCCUUUCUCGUUUCUUGCAAGCCAAAUUGGCUUUGCCUUCCAGAUGUAUCCUGGUUGUUAUGUAUGAGUGAGAUGAGGCGAUAUGACAAUAGAAUUAUUUUUUGGUUAAAGUAACCCAUUUCUGACCUGCACAAAAGCCUCAAUACAAGAUAACUGUCUUACUGUAAUUUUAAAAUAAAAUUGUAAAUCCAAUUUGAAUGUAAAAAUGAAAUCGGGCAUUUCAUUUUCAGAAUCAAUACUACCUGCGCAUAAUAGUAAUGUGUAUUCAUAUCUGAGCAAAGUCAAUAUGCAACAAGACUCGUUUAUAGAGGUUAAACAGGAAUGUAAAGAGGAGAUUGAGGUGGUAUUGCACGAGUUACCAGGUAACUACUAAACAAUUGCUUAAAAUAUUCAAUAAGAAUGAAUUCUUUCAAUGUUCAUGGAAGUGUGAUAUUUUUGCAAUGAUACAUGCACUGGUGAAAGUAAAACUUGAUUCUCAUGAUUAGUGUAAAUUAAUAUAUUAUAAUAGUAAUUAAAUUUAUCUCACAGUUAAAGCAACAACAGAAAGAAUAACUAAAGCAGGCAAUGAAAUUGAACAAAAUAAUAAAGAAGGCGACAGUGGUGAACAUAAAUACAUCACACAAAAUACGAUGAAAGAGGAAAAUAGCUCAACUAAAACCAUAGCGCUGUUUAAAAAACCUACAAACAACACAAUGAAAAGCAAUACAAUAGUAUCUGGAAACGAAAAAAUAUCAAAUGUAGAAAUAAAAUCAUACGAUGAAAUUUCGCAAUUUGAAAAUCAAAUAACCAGUACCAAUAUGGCAACACAUGGCAACAGUAAAAUUGAUAAUGGUGAAGUAUUUGACAUUAAAAAAAACUAUACAAGCAUAGCAAUGAAACAGUAUUCAUGCAGUGUGUGUGGCAAGAGAUCCAAUCGAUUGUAUGAUUUGAGGAUACAUAACAGAAUUCAUACCGGUGAAAAGCCGUAUUCAUGUAAUAUUUGUGGCAAUAGUUUCAAUAAUUUAAGUCAUUUAAGAAGACAUGAUAGAAUACAUACAGGAGAAAAGCCGUAUUCCUGUGAUAUUUGUGGGAGGAAUUUUAAUCAAUCUGGCGAUUUGAAGACUCAUGCCAAUAUACAUAGCGGUGAAAAACCAUUUUCAUGCAAUAUAUGCGGUAAGAAUUUCAACCGAUCAGGUGAUUUGAAGACACAUAGUUUAAUACAUACAGGUGAAAAGCCGCAUUCAUGUAAUGUUUGUGGUAAGAGUUUUAAUCGAUCUACUGAUUUAAAGAGACAUUCUAAAAUACAUAGCGGUGAAAAGCCGUAUUCAUGUAACGAAUGUGAUAAGAGUUUUAGUCAAUAUAGUAAUUUGAAGACACAUAGUAAAAUACAUACUGGUGAAAAGCCAUAUUCAUGUUAUAUGUGUGGUAAGAGUUUCAUUAAGUCUGGUGAUUUGAAGAAACACCAUAGAAUACAUACUGGUGAAAAACCCUAUUCUUGUAAAGAAUGUGGUAAGAGUUUCAGUCAAAAUGGUUAUUUAAAAAUACAUACUAGAAAACAUAGCAAAGAAAAGCCAUAACCAUAUUCAAAAUUGCUGUGACAUAAGUAGCAAUAGUUUCAACCAUUUGAUGAUUAAAAGAAACAAGGUUUACUAUAUUGUAUUCCUUUCCUUUAAAAUUACACUCUUAAUGCAUUGUAUCAAUCUGUUGAAAUCCCAAAAUUGUUAUCCAAUUUUUUAAAUCAUUUUACUAAUAUACAUAUGCAAUACACUUCUCUUCGUUAUAAGUCAAUGUCAAUGACAGGUUUCUUUUAAUUACAGGUUUGCAAUUACAAUUUGCUAUCUAUAAAUAUAAUUUAAGUUAUAAAUGUAAUAUUUUGUAUACCUGGAAUUAUUUAACCUAUAAAGAAACUUAAAAUUACAGAGAAAUACAACUUGCUUUUGUUAGACGGUGUCUAAAAUUUCUUAUAUAUAAAUAAUUGUCAUCAAAUAUUUAUCAAAUUUAUUUCAUAUACGAUGUCUGAGCAUGUUAUGUUUUCAUUCUUUUUUUUUUAAUUAUGUAACAAAACUACCGUAACUUUCGACACAAGUAAUUCACUUAUAAGAAAUUAAAUAGUUUUACGAAAUUUUUAAAUUUCCCUCCAGCUACUCCGAACACAGCUUGGUACAUGUGCCUCAAGCGCAUAUAAUAUAUAAGCGCAAUAGUUACCUAUUUUGGUAGGGUUGUCAUAAAAAGUUAAGUAAUAAGUUAAGGUAAAUUAAACAAUACAUUUUUUAUUAGUU